AUGAUGGAUGCUGCAAAGAUAACACAACUCUACGGUAGAGUACUAGUCCGAAAGACGCCAGAUGAAUCUGAAUUGUUGGCUGACAUAGUCCAGUUCUUGAGCGCUUACUCUAUUCUCCCUUCACUGCAAAUUUCCCGGGCAUCUCAGUCACUCAGAAGAACUUUGGAAUGGCAGCGGUUUAAUAGAGCAGAAACCAUGGAUGAAGCCUUGGCAAUCGUCAAGGAGUCAGGGAUUGCUCACAUUACGCGCCUGCAAGGCAAGUUCGUUCUCUGGGUUAUCAUAGAUGAGCGCGUCAUCAAAGGUUUCGCAUCUUCACACGAGGAUUUCAUGACUCGCCAAGGAUUGAUGCACCUGGGACUAGCAGCCAUGGAAAGCCUAGCCAAGCUGGAGAUUCAAGAGGCAUGCACCGGCGAACCUAUCAAUGACCAGGCCGCUGCUUGUGUGGUCGAAUUCAGACUGGCUCCAAUACCUGCCGCUCAGCCACAGCGCGUGUCAUCUCGCGACAUGAUUAUCCAGAAACUAAGUGAUCUUGUUUCAUCAAUAGAUCUACAUUAUCCUUCUCUUUUGGAUAUCUUCUACGUGAUUAAUCCUUCGGAAGAAUAUCUUCUUACCCUUGGCGGAAAAGCCGUUCCAGUAGAGUAUGGUGGGGAGAGUGAAUCGCUCUUCAAUGGAGACUACCUUGUUGGCACUGAAAUAACCGAACAGAACCCGCAGUCGCCAGGACAAAUCACUGCAAGUGGGGGACAGGACGUCGAUUCUCAGACUAUUUCUGGUGCUAGCGCUGUACAAACGGCGCAGGUCAACGCCGAUAUCACCGGCUCAGGUCCAGGAGAACCAAGAUUGAUAUUUUCGGAGAAGAUCGGACCACCUACAAUCAUCCUAGACCCAGAGGAUCUCGAGUCAGCGACCGAGCUUUGUCCUGGAAAGAUGGGCGCUCGUAUAGUUUGGGCUGAUGACGAUAUGCUGGUCAAAUAUGGCCACGGCGUUCGUCUAGCUGAGGCUGAAGCAAUGCACCUGGUAUCCAAUAGAACCUCGAUACCCAUUCCCAGAUUAUUGAGCGCUUACAUACUUGACGGUGUCGGGCACAUCGUGAUGUCUUAUGAGGAGGGAGAGCCUUUGGACACUUAUUGGGACCGUGCUUCUGAGCCGCAACAGGAGAACGUUCUGCACCAGCUGCAAGACUACGUCACGCAAAUGAGGAGUAUCAUCGGGCGGUUCAUCGGCGGCAUUGACUCUUCCCCUUGUAGAGAUGGGAUCUUCGAAGGUGGCUAUGGAGAUUACGAGUCCUAUCGCUAUGGACCGUAUGCCUCCGAGCCCGAGUUCAAUGAGGGCGUGGUACAGGCGCUGAGGGAUCGCCUCCCACCGGAGUCGCGGGAUGAAGUGAAUCGUCCGGACUCUGCGUUUUCUACUCGAGAAUACAUCAUGUACCAGACUUUCAGAGAGUUGCAUGGGCACUCUAUCGUCUUUACGCACGGAGAUCUACAUCCCGGCAACUUGCUCGUUCGCGCAGAUGGAGUGGUUGUUGUGCUUGACUGGGGGCUAGCUGGUUACUGGCCGGAAUACUGGGAGUUCUAUCGGGCAAUGUUCAAUCCACCUUGGCGCCCUGUCUGGGAUCGGAUGAUCGAAAAGUUCAUCCCACCGUACUAUGUUGAGUGCGAACUUAUGAAGAAGGUGUUCGGUAUAGUGUGGAACUGACGCAGCUGUAUAUAAACGCAAAGCACUCCCACGGCGCUAAUAAUUGUGUUAGGGUUUACUUCAUUUGUGCUCCUUAGGAGACUGGUG